AUCUGAUUGGCUGUCUGGGAAAAUGAAAAGUCCUUGUGGUACAGGGUUGAGACCUACGAGAAGAUGGGGCGGGACCCCGUGUGGGAGGAGGCGGAGCCUAUGGGCUUUGGGCGCGAGCUGUUGAAAGGCAGUUGGUGUGGGUUCGGUUACUUGGUCCGGCUCGGCGGCCCCGGCCCAGCCCCAUGGCUGACCCCGAGGAAUUCCGGGCUUCGCCGCCGCCGCCGCCUCCCUCGUCUCCGUCUUCAGGCGCCUCUUCGUCGUCUCUCAGCAUGCCAGUGAGUUUGGGCUGGCGGAGUCCGAGUCGAACCCACGCCCCAACGGUGGACCCUCUGGAGCAAGUGGAGCUGCAGAUCGGAGACGCAGCAUUUUCAUUAACUAAACUUCUUGAAGCCACAUCUGCGGUAUCCGCUCAGGUGGAAGAGCUUGCCCUGAAAUGUACAGAAAAUGCACGCUUCCUUAAGACGUGGCGGGACCUCCUGAAAGAAGGCUAUGAUUCUUUGAAACCCGACAACUGACUUGCAGAUGUGGUUGGUUAAUGACUCACACAUAAGAUAUUUGCACAUGGACCACAUUUAUGGGGCUGCCUGUCUCUAGACAUUUAGACUGAGAAUGAAAUUUUUCUUGGUAUUCUUAACUUCUGAGAGAGCAGAAUACUGAAGGCUUGUUUGUUUUCUUUUCUCUGUUAGGUCAGUGUUUACCUUAAAUACUUUCUGCCCUCUACACUUUUGCAGACUCCUUUAUGGGAGCUAAUUCCAUCAGUAAGAAAUGGAUUUUAUUAGUGCCUCAGUGCAAUCAGAUCAUUAUUUGGUUUUUGAGAAGACGCCAAGGUUGGCUGAGUUUGGAGUUGAGCUUGGUUUGUUCCCUAAAGCAGUUGAUGACUUCAGGUAGUGGGUCCAGCUCUAGGACACCAACUCUGAAGCCAGUGAUGGCGCUUUAUUUACUUCCUUAUCUCAGCACCCAAAGCCAUGUCACACAAUACUCAGUGUCCGUGACUAAGAUUUGAUAAGUGUAAUUAGAAGCUACAUUUGCUUCCUAUUUUCCAGGAUGAAGACUAAUUGUUUCUUUGAAUCUAAACUUCGUUAGCUUGAAGGAAAAGUAUUCUUUUUUUUUUUUUUGUGGGAAUUUGAGUUUUUUUCUGUCUUGAGACAAUCUCGCUGUGAAGCCCAGGCUUCUUGUCUUAGUCUCUUUGGACGGCAGGACUACUGGUGUUCAAUACCAUACCCAGUAUAGGCUUUUGAAUCUUAAUGAUGACUUUUAAAAAAUAUUUUUCCCAUUCUGUGGUCCCAUUUUUAAAAAGCUUUUACUUCAUAAAAUGGAAACUUUUAUAGAAUACAUACUUUUGUCUAUUUUUUAUAGUUAGCUUCUUUCAUAGUUAAUAUCUUUCUUGUUGGUGUUCUACAUGUCUGAUUGCUAUCUUUGAAAUACCUUAUCAAAUUUAUGGCUAUAUGGCACUAAUGGAACUUUACAAGUUAUUUACAUUAUUCUAAAAUUUGUUUGUUUCCAGUGUAUCAAAUUUAACUGUUUCAAUGGGUUUCAUAUCAGUUGACCUUACUGUUAGGGUUCUAAUUUACCUGUGCUGUAUUUUAUGUAAUUUGUGCCAUCUGUUAUCAAGCCAUGUACUACCUUGAUACAUAUGACCUUUAAGUAUCUUUGAUGUGAUGUCUGUGUAGAUACAGUGAUGUAAACAAAUUUCUCUUAAGUCUCACAGUGAAGCUGUGAUAGGGGACAAACAGAUGGACAAAGACUAGUUUCAACAUAGUCAUAGUUAAUGAUUUUUUUAAUUCUUUUUAGUUAAGAUCACAAACAUGUAUGGUGUAAUUUUUGUACCAAAGAGAUACUUAUUCCCGUAUAAGAGAAAUACUUAUAUAUUCUGAGAAUUGCAAUUUAAAAAUGUAUAAAAAUAAAUGUAUUUCAAGUAAA